AUGGUGACGAGUAUUGUCAAUGAGCAACCAGGUCAUAUUGUUCCAAACUCCAAUCCAACAGCAUCAUCACCUAGCAAUGAAAAUAAUCAUGGUAUUCCUCAUGAUGUUGUUCAUGCCACUAUUCAGCCUAUACCACGACGAGGUAUACAAAAUUAUCUACAUCAACCUAUAGGAAAAACGUUUGAUAUCAUACUCAUGGGUUCACCUAGAGUUGGAAAAAGUACACUGAUCAAUGCCAUUCUACACAAAGAUGUAGCCCAAACACAUGCUGGACGUAAUGCAUGUAUUAAGGAUUGGACAAAAUUAGAUGUGACAGAAUAUGCACAAGAUUUAAUUAACAAAAAAAGUCCAGUUUGUCUCAUUUUUUGUGCAUCACCAGGCACUUAUGUUGAACUUGAACAACUCAAAGGUAUUGUCAAAGCAUGUAAAAAUUUGAAAGUAUUCAUUGCAAUGGUUGUAACAAACAUGUAUGCAUCGGAUGAAGCAGAUAUCAUCUUGAAAUUAUUUCAAGAUACUCUGAUUCAUCAUCAUGCACAACCAAAAGUUAAAGAGAAUAUUUAUUAUUAUGGUUCCAUCGGCCUUUGUACCCAAGUCAAUUCGAUUGAUUAUAUAGUAGGCAAUAUUAGAAAAAAACCCGGAAGGUGUCGACGAGUUCAUGUUAGGCAUUAUGAAAUCAUUAAAUGA